GCAAACAGUGACAGUGUUUCAUCUAUUAAAAAAACAUAUAUAAGUAGCUCUGUUAUAUCGUGUAGUGUGGCACUUGCCUUUUUGGAAAGCUUUGAUGUAACGUGGCCAUCUAUUGAACACAAGCAAUGUCAUGUGAAAUCCUUUCCUUUCUUAAUUAGGAUCACCCUUUGAUUACAACCCCUACAAAUGAUAUAUUACACAUUUGUUGGCAAAUAAUCCUAUACAACAACAGAAUUUUUAGUUUCAUAUUAAACAGCACCGUGUUACUUGGUUGGUGUCCCCAGACAUGACAAAGCACCUUUAUCUUAACUAUUCACUUUCCCACAUUUGAGUUUUCAAAAUCCAGACAUGUCUAAAUACCAACAACGAUCAGAUGUUCACAUAUAAAGUAAAUUUUAAAAAAAGCUUUUAUCAUUUAUAAAAGUUUACAAUUCACAAAUCAAAUUUUGUGUCAAGUUCAACUUUGUUCUAUAUGUGUUCGUAUCAGUAAUUUAGUUCCCCUAGAGAGGUUAAAGGUCACCUGUUUGUACAGGAGAACAUUGAUUAUCAGAGAACAAUCAGCAAGGACUGUUCCAAAGUUCAUUGCUAUGAAACGUCAAACCGGCUGAGAAACACGGCAGAGAUUUGAGACGAGGGGAACAAGAAAGCAAGACAAGAACGUUUGAGGAUUAUAUGUGUCAGUAACUAACAGAAACAUCCGCAAAAGCAGAAGAAACAAGAGGGGGUCUAACAAGGGAGGUCCAUCCAGCGGAAACAUCUGUAGGGUCCCACAUCAGCACCAACUGUGAGAAGAUGGACAUUCUUGAGACACAUGCCCUUGACAGACGACAGAGGAGAAACAUGGUACCUAAAAUCACUUUGUCUUAUUUGCAGUAGUUGCUCAGUAGAUGUAGAUGUUACAACCUUUUUCAUGUGGAAAUGAAACUGUCUAUGAUCAUUAUUCAACAUACUCUUGUUGUGACAUGUAUCGCCAUUUCUUUCUGUUCCUUCUUUUCUGUCAGCCCUGUACUCUGCUGUUCUCUUUCCUGCCUUUCUUUUUGUCCACAGCUGUGUACUUCUACAUGUGGGAUCCCGACUUUCCCGCAUCCAUCAUGUCUGCAGGUGUCAAAUCGGCACCGACACUCCUAUUGGCCGCAAUAGUGCUGAGCUGGAAUGGAGGUCAGAGUGUCUUGGGUGUGGUGGGAGGACUCCUCUUCUCCGCUGUUGGUGACUGUUGUCUGAUAUGGCCUGAGCUUUUUCUUCAUGGGAUGGCUGCAUUUGCUGUGGCUCAUCUGCUGUACUCACUCACCUUCCUCUCAAGUCGUUACGCAACAGGUUCCCCCUCCUCCUCGUGGACCCGUUUUCUAUAUCUGAUCCUGUUCUUGGUGGGAACAUGUCUCUACAUCUAUCUCUAUCCAUUUCUGCAGAAGGUGCCAAACUCAGAUCUACUAAUUCCAGCUGUGGGGGCCUAUAUUUUCUUAAUUACACUAAUGGCAGUAUUAGCUAUUAGAACCCGCAACACAACCACACUCUUAGGAGGUUUGUUCUUCUUGGUUUCUGACACGUCACUGGCUCUACAAUUGUUCAAGGUGAUUGCACCAGUGAAGCAGGGUAGCACUGUUGUCAUGGUGACAUAUUAUUUGGCACAGCUUCUAAUUGCUGUGGGUGAUGUAAAAGCAGUGGAGAACAAGGAUGACUUUGCAAAAUGGAAGAGGUCCUAAACAGCAUAUCUGUGGCUCUUUAGACUUUAGAAGCUGAAGUAUCUUCCUACUUCCUUGAUAAAGUCCCACUACUGCCACUGAGUACUUAAGGUCAUAGAUUUUUUUUUUAAACCAAAUGAAAUAAAACAGGAAGGUGAUCAUUUUCUGUGACAUCCAAGUUUGAGCGUAGGUUGUGUAUAUACAUAUGUGUUGGCAAUGUGAUCCACUUGUGAGCUGGAUAUGUACAUAACUACUCCCAUUUGUUUGGCUGAUAAUAAAUAAAUAUGGUGUAAAAAAAUAAUCAUCUGUAUUUCUGAGUCAACUUUUAAGAGACAACCAACUGAAAAUAAUUUAGCUUAGAGACUUCAGACAAACCUAGCUUUGCAGUAAUUAAAAAUUAGACAUACAUGUAACCGAAUUGAUAUUUGGAUGUAAAUAUUAAUACAUAAAAUAGAAAAAAAAAAUACAUUACCU